ACCACUCAAAACCCUGCCAUUAAAAGAAGAGAAAUCAUUCUUAACCUUCCGCCCUUCCCCCACCUCUCCAGCUCGAGUCUCCUCACCAUACCUCUCAUUUCCGAACCAACAAACAAUUCACAUCAAAAACCAUGGCCACCAUUAUGCAGCUCAUCGAUAACACUAAAGACGAGAAGCUUUACGCCUACUCCCUCUUCGGUUCAACUCUUGCACUACUUUUCUCAGGGCUCUUCCUUCUCUGGAGAAAGGAUUGGUCGAUCCAUAGGGCUACAGGGCUUCCAAUUGUUGGAAUUGAAUCCCCAGGUUACCUUGGGCUAGUCAAAGCAAGAUCCAACUUUGGCGCUAAUGGAUUCCGUAUCGUGAGGAACGCUUAUAAAAAGGUCAGUCUACAUACUGUGUGCUCGAUGCUACAUUAGCCACCAUCUAUCUUAAAAUAAGCCAGGCGGCAUGACGAACCAGGUUAUUAACGAUGCAUGACCUCACCAGUACCCUCGAAAGAACUUUGUCGUUACCACCUACGGCUACGACAAGAUUAUCCUUACACAUGAGCAAGUUAAGGAGCUCGCUAGUGCACCAGACGAUACUAUUAACGCUACCCACGCCAUCGUCGAGGUAGACGCCCCAUAACUCCAAAUAUCAGGGAUGAGUUUCCUUGUGCUGAUCAUGCUCAUUGAUAAAGACUUUGUUGGGAGAUUAUACUGGCCUGGGUCGAUUCGUAGACGCAAGGUACAUCGAAGAUGUGGUGAGAAUCAAACUCACCCAAAACCUAGGUAAGCGACUCUCCAAACAAACUCACUUUCAGUGAGAAACAGUAUCCGGGCAGCUUUACAAAAAGGCCAAAAAUUUUGCAUUUCUUACUACCAGUUAUUGGAUCCAAGAUCAAAAAGAAGAAAACCCUCGUCCCUGGACACUUAUUCCCCUCCACUUCCAAGCAAUUCUACCAGCUUUCAGACUCAGCGUUACUAACGAAAACUCAACCAACAGGGAAUCUGAAAGAGGCAUUGCUGGAAGAGGCACGGUUCGCUCUGAAUACUGAGUUCCCAGAAUGUACCACCGAGGGUUAGUAUUCCCGCCGAACCCAUUCCGUUUUCCCCGCAGUAGAUGCUGACAAGGCUCUUCAAAAUAGAGUGGACAUCCGUGGGCAUUUUCAUCCCAAUCCUAAGAAUGGUCGCUCGUGUGAGUGGCAGGGCCUUCGUUGGGCUUCCUUUGUGUCGAAAUGAGGAUUGGUUGAAAAUCACAAUCCAAUUCACUGGAGAUGUCUUCACGACUUUCUCAAAGCUCAGCACUGUGUCAAAACUGCUUCGUCCACUCUACGCCUAUAUGUGGAAUUCAGUAAAAAAUCUCACUGCCUCCAGAAAAAAGGGGGAGGCCCUCCUCACUCCUAUUUUGCGGGAACGUCUUGAAGAAAAAAGACUUGCAGAAAAGAAUGGGGCCGUUUUUCAGAGGCACAACGACAUGAUUGAAUGGCUCAGCGACCGCGUUCAACCAAAGGACAGGAACCCCGAAAUCUUGUCCGAACUGUUGCUGCUUGUUGGUCUGGCAGCGAUCCAUUCCACAUCUCUGGCCUUUCUCAAUGCACUUCUCGACCUCGCCCAGCAUCGGGAGUGCAUCCAACCAAUUCGUGAAGAGAUCGAAACCGUACUUUCCGAAAAUAACGGAGUUUUUGAUAGGGAGGCACUGCGCAAGAUGAGAAAGACUGAUAGCUUUUUCAAGGAAUCCAUGAGAGGGAAGGUUGGCCUUUGUAAGUACAUUACUGCCUUUUCCCCCAAGCCAUGCUCCUAAUUUUUCACGAAGUCAGUUUCAAUCGUAAGGUUAUGAAAAACUAUACCCUUUCCGAUGGCACAUACUUGCCUAAGGGUACUCUGGUAACUGCGCCCUACUCAAUGUUUUCUGUGGAUCCAGACUUUAUCGAAGAUCCCGAAGUAUUUGAUGGGUUCCGUUGGUAUAAAAAGUCUCUUGGAACCGAGGGCGGUGGGGGUCCGGGCCGCAUUCAAUACUGGGCCACCACCUCCCCAAAAGACCUCAACUGGGGUCACGGGAAGCACGCAUGCCCUGGUCGCUUCUUUGCUACCGAGGAGAUGAAGAUCCUGCUCGCCUUCAUCAUCUUACAGUAUGAUAUCAAGUACCCUGAGGGACAAUCCCGCCCUGAGACCAUUCGCAAUGGCGAGUUUACUACUCCGGAUAUUAAUCAGAAACUUCUUUUUAAGAAGCUUCCGGGGCCAAAGAAAUUUUCCUUUUUGUAGUAACUGGGUUUUCUAGAAUCCCUACAUUUCAUGUUCAAACAUACGAUCUUGCUAUUGGCCUGCACUUUUUUUUCCCAUUGAUCUUUCUUUCUUUUUCUGGCAUCUACUUGUAUAGUAACUUACAAAAUGAAACCAACCUCCGGCGCACAAAAUCAACCCCCCCCCCCCUAAAGUGAGAACCAGCAUUGGAAAAUCAUAGGUAAAAAAAUAAUAAAAAAAUAUUCUCGCUCAUUUGGCGCUUGCUGCCCAUUGUAGGGCGGCCUAGGGAAUCCUAAGCCUCGGUACCCUUGGGGGAUGUCAAUUCGGAUACGAGUAGAACAAUAUGUGACGGCAGUUCCCUUCCGCACAAAGCAUUUAGGCGCAGGCAGGAUCUACACAUGCUGUAAUGUGAUUCCGGCGCUCGCCUAAAACGAGAUAUCUCGCUCAC